AUGAUAACAUCAAAAUAUUUCAAUGAUAUUAAAGAUUUUAUUAAUUUAGAAAUAGGAAUUAAAAGAUUUCAAGGAAACAUGAAACGAUUUCAUUUUAAUCCAAUUCCAUUAAAUGAAUAUUCAAGAAAAUUCUUUCCUAAUAUUGAAACAUUUCAUGUUUAUAAUAGAGGUGAUGAAAUAUUUAAAGAUGGAAAAAUAUUUAAAAAAGUAAUAUGGUAUACAGUAAAUUAUUCAACAUAUAUACAAGAAAAAGAACAAGGAAAUAUCUGUAAAAAUAUAGAAUAUACAAAAGAAGAUAGAAAAUCAUAUGGAAAUACAAUACCAUCAGAAGUUAAAUCACUUGGAUAUGAAUGUUUUUAUGAAUGUUCAUCAUUAACAACAAUUAAUAUACCAUCAUCAAUUAGUAAAUUAGGAAGUUGUUGUUUUAAAUAUUGUUCAUCAUUAAAAUCAAUUAAUUUACCAUUAUCAAUUACGUCAUUUGGAACUAAUUGUUUUUAUGAAUGUUCAUCAUUAACAUCAAUGAAUAUAGAUAAUAUACAGUUUAUUAGUAAAGAAAAAAUAUUUAUGAAUGAACCAGUGUUAAUUAGUAUUGAAAUACCAGAUAAUCUACAAACAAUAAAUGGAAAGAAUAUUGAAAAGAAAGACAUUAAUGAAUUUAUUAUUCUAUCAUCAAUUAGUGAAUUAGGAUAUUGUUGUUUUUAUGAAUGUUCAUUAUUAACAUCAAUUAAUAUACCAUCAUCAAUUAAAGAAAUAGGAGAUUAUUGUUUUUAUAAAUGUUCAUCAUUAAAAUCAAUUAAUUUACCAUUAUCAAUUACAUCAUUUGGAAAUUAUUGUUUUUAUAAAUGUUAUUCAUUAACAUCGAUGAAUAUAGAAAAUCUACAGUUUAUUAGUGAAGAAAGAAUAUUUAUGAAUGAACCAGUGUUAAUUAGUAUUAAAAUACCAUAUACUAUACAAAUAAUCAAUGGAAAGAAUAUUUUCAAGAAAGAUAUUAAUGAAUUUAUUAUUCCAUCAUCAAUUAGUGAAUUAGGAUUUAGUUGUUUUAAAGAAUGUUUAUCAUUAAUAUCAAUUAAUAUACCAUCAUCAAUUAAAGAAAUAGGAUGGAGUUGUUUUUAUGAAUGUUCAUCAUUAACAUCAAUUAAUAUACCUUCAUCAGUUAUAUCAAUAGGAGAUGGUUGUUUUUAUGGAUGUACAUCAUUAAAAUCAAUUAAUAUACCAUCAUCUGUAAGUAAAAUAGGAGAUAAUUUUUUUGAAGGAUGUUAUUCAUUAACAUCAAUUAACAUACCAUCAUCAAUUACUUCAUUUGGAGAUUGGUGUUUUAAUACUUGUUCAUCAUUACAAUCAAUUAAUAUUCCAUCAUCAAUUAGUGAAAUAGGAACUUGUUGUUUUUAUAAAUGUUCAUCAUUAACAUCAAUUAAUAUACCAUCAUCAAUUACAUCAUUUGGAUCUGGAUGUUUUUAUAAAUGUGGAUGUAAAGAAGAAUUAAUGAAAAAUAAAACAAUACCAAGAAAUUGUUUUAACAAAUGGUGA